CCGUCCUCAGGAGCUAUCCUUAUGGACCUGGAGACCCCAGAGGAGAUGCAGGCUCGAAGCCUGGGCAGGCCCAUCAAAUCCUCGAAGCAGUACCUGCGGCGGGUCAUUGCAGAGUACGAGGCACUGGACCGAGAGCUCCCGUGUAUCCGGAAGUUCUCCACACAACCAGCUGCCCAGCCCCUCUGCCUCUGCAUGGAGACCCUGCCCGAGGAGGAUUUUACCCACCUGGAGGUGCUGCAAGCGCUGGAGGCCGAGUUACCGGGGGCCAUGGAGAGCGGGCGCGUGAGCAGCAUCCGCUUUGAGAACAUGAAUGUCAUCUGUGGGACUGCCGGCCGCCGGAACCGGUGGCUCAUCGCAGUCACAGACUUCCAGACACGCUCGCGCCUGCUGCGCUCCGGCCUGAGUCCCCGCGGGCUCGCGCACCAACUCGUGCGCCACGACGACCUCCUGCUGGGCGACUACCGCCUGCACCUGCGCCGCUCCCUCGUCCGGCGGCGCAUGCUCGAGGCCCUGGGGGCGGAGCCGGACGAGGAGGCCUGACCUCUGAGCCAGUCCCGACUACGCAUGCGCACUGCCCCGCGGGCAGGCACCACCCACCCGGAGCCCGGGAGGACAGGGGGCGUUGCCUUCCCAGGAAGGAGGCGGGGCCGGCUCGAGGGGGUGGAUACUGUGAGUUUAAUUAUAAAGAAUGACCUGGUACAAAAGCCA